GCUUUUCACGCGCCACAAACUUCGCAGUGAUGAGGUGGAAAUCACAACGAAAGAUUCCACUUCAGAUCAGGAAUACAUUAUCAAAUUGAGACGUGUUGGUGUAAUUGACGGAACUAACGAAACGGCACUGAUGAUAUACAAUCUGAUUAAUCGCAAGGCAAUGGGUGGAUUAAAUUUGCAACUGAUUGGACGAAACUUUUUCGAUCCAGCAGCAAAAGUAACAGUGAGCCAGUAUGGCAUUGAAUUGUAUCCCGGUUAUGUAACAAGCAUCAGACAACAUGAGAAUGAUGUUCUGAUGUGUGCAGAAUUGACGCAUCGAGUUAUGCGAACAGAUACGUGCUAUACGCUAAUGAAGCAAUGCAUGAACCAUGGAGGCAAUUGGAAGGAUAAUUUCAAACGAAUGAUACUUGGGUCCGUUGUGAUGGCCACAUAUGGCAGUAAUCGGACCUACACAAUCAAUGAUGUCGAGUAUAGCACUACAGCAGAGAGCUCCUUUCAGACGUCGAACGGACAAAUCUCUUUUGUGCAGUAUUUCCGCGAACGCUACAACAUCAUCAUUAGAGAUCCAAGGCAGCCCAUGUUGGUUUCUCGGUCAAAAUCCAAAGAUAUAAGAGCCGGCUUGCCUGAACUUAUCUAUCUGGUACCAGAAUUAGUACGUGCAACCGGUAUUACCGACGAAAUGCGACGAAACUUCAACUUGAUGCGCACCUUAGCGGAUCACACCCGUCUGACGCCGGAUAAGCGAAUCGAACGCCUGGAAGUAUUCAACCGGCGUUUGCAGGAUUCCAAAGAAAGCACCGAAAUCUUUCAAUUCUGGAAAACAGAACUUGAUCGUCGUUUGGUCGAAGUCCCGGCACGAGUUCUUCAACCGGAAACAAUUUUCUUCCAUCCGGAGCAACCAAAUUAUGCGGUUGCUGCUGGGGAAAUGGCCGAAUGGCAAAUGGCUUUCCGCAACAACCCCAUGUACCACUCAGUUGCACUCACGAAGUGGUUCGCAGUCGUUCCAAAGGGAUCGGAACGUUUGAUAACCGAUUUCAUGCAAUGCCUUCGACAAGCGGCACGUGGUAUUGCUCUGAAUUCGAUCGUUCAGCGGGACCCACAAAUGAUCAUGUGCGUGGUUACGAACGAUAAGGCUGAUCGAUACGCUGCCAUCAAGAAAAAGUGCUGCGUUGAUCGCGCUGUUGCAACACAGGUCAUCAAAACGCGUACGAUCACACCCAAAGGUGCUUGGUGGUAUUCCUUGGAUCCUGAAGAAUCCUCUGAGCUCUAUUAUGGUAAUUGGAUUGACGUUUGCCAUGAUACCCGAGAUAAGUCCAAAUCAUACGGAGCACUAGUGGCGUCGAUGUAUGGAGCGGGAUGUCGACAUCCGAAAUAUUUCUCCACAGUUAACCACCAUUCAAAUGGAGAGGAACUUUCGAACUUUAUGGCUCAAAACAUAAUCAAAGCUGUGCAUUCGUAUCGCGCGGAUUUCGGAAAUGCGCUACCCGAACGCAUCAUUGUGUAUCGCGACGGAGUCGGCGAAGGACAACUCAAAUACGUCUACGAUCAUGAAGUGAAUGCGAUCAAGGAGAAACUCCUUCUAGCAUGUAAGGAUAGGCGAGAAGCGGCAAGAUUAACAUUUUUCGUAGUUAACAAACGAAUCAACACUAGACUGUUCCAUCAGAAGCGGAAUCCCGUGCCGGGUACGAUCGUGGAUGACGUUAUAACCCUACCCGAAAGGAACGACUUCUACCUCGUUUCACAAAGCGUCCGGCAAGGUACGGUUUCGCCCACAAGCUACAACAUACUCAAGGACGAGUCCGGUUUGAAUGCCGACAAGCUACAGUUGUAUACCUUCAAGCAGACGCACAUGUACUACAACUGGUCCGGAACGGUUGGCGUACCUGCGGUUUGCCAAUACGCACACAAGUUGGCAGCAUUGGCCGGGCAGCACUUGCAUCAAGCUCCCAAUAGUUUGUUGGAGAAAAAAUUGUAUUAUUUGUAAAUUUUGCAUAUUACAUUAUUUGCAUAUCACAUGUAUUUCACACGAAUAAGUAAAAAAUAUAUAACACUAAAGUUCUAUAAAUUAUGUGUGGGAAGAAAUUUGUUAUCCACACUGCCCAUGUUCGCAUAGUCGAAGUAAGCGCCAAUAUGAUCACAAUGCAUCAAAAUAAUAAUAAAAGCACUCAUACCAAAGUGAAUCAAAGGUACUAAAUAGGGGGAGAUUCCCCAGUACCGGACACUUAAGCCACUAAGUUCAUAAUUUUGAAAAAUAUUAGUUUUAUGUGCUCGUGUUACCCAUU